UGACGUCACAACCACUCACCGACGCUUCAUUUCCUGUUCAACAUGGCCGCUUUCCACUACAACUAUGCGAUUGUUAGCCGUAUUCCCGACAGUUUUCAGGACAUCCAGGUGCAGCAGGCAGAUGCAGACCUUAUCGACAUUGAAAAGGCACGCGAGGAACAUCAAGAAUUCAUUAAGACCCUGAAAAAAUGCGAUGUGCGCGUGAUUGAGUUGGCAUCGGACGAGGCGUACCCCGAAUGUGCUUUCCUUGAAGAUUGUGCACUGGCCAUAGGAGGGGUUGCUCUUAUCCUUAGACCUUUCUCCAAAACCCGACACGGAGAGGUUGCUGGAGUCCGGAAGCUGCUACAGGACCUCAAUCUUCAUGUGUUUGAGAUCAAAGACCCUGACGCAUUUGUUAAUGGAGGCGACGUCUUCUUCACCGGUAAGGAGAUCUUCGUGGGCGUGGGCCCUGACGAGAGGAGUAAUGAGAGAGGAGCUAAUGCUGUGGCCAACGUGUUCCCAGAGUACCACGUCACACCCAUCAAGAUGAGGGGCGAUGUUCGCCUCAAGUCCCUAGUGUGUAUGGCAGGGAGGGACAUCAUUGCGUGUGGUAGCAGUCCCACGGCCCUCAAUGUACUCAAUCAAAUCCGUACUACAGCCCACUACAGUUACAAGAUUCUGAAGCUGGACAACGACCGUGCAGCCAACAUGUUGUAUGUUAAUGGGCGCCUGAUACACCGCACACGCACGGAAAUAGGGGAGAAGUGCUACAGUGUGCUGGACGAGAAGAUAACAUAUGUUCAACAUAAACAGGACAUCAGUGAAAUAGCCAAGGCACGUGGCACCUUGUCAGGUAUGGUCAUCUUCAUCAGCAAACACUCCCUCCAUAAGGAGGUCAUCUCCAACAUCGGCCCUCAUGACCUUACUGCCUACACCGAGGUGUCCAACAUGUAACUACAUUGAUCAUUGAUUCUAUAAUGCAUUCCUGAUGAUUGGCUGUGUAAGUCUGCCAGCUGAAACAUAUAUUGUAUAUAUCCUAGGCCUUGGUAUCUUAGAAACAAAACCUGCUGCCUGUAACAAACAUUGGUAAACAUUUAUCAACUUUAUGAUAACAAUAAAUUCAUUUUUACAAAAAUUCUAUAAAUUUUAUUGAUUUACAUUACCAAAUUGUAUACCAGGUAUUUUUCAUUUUUAAUUGAUUCUAUGUUUAAAUUUUAUGUAAUAUCUAAGAUGCCAUAUAUAGUUACUAAAUGUCAGUAAUAAGUACAUUACAGUAGUGUGUCGGGUGUCAGUGUCGAGGUAGAGCAGUCACGAGUGUGUUAAAGUAAUAAGUACAUUACAGUAGUGUGUCGAGUGUCAGUGUCGAGGUAGAGCAGUCACGAGUGUGUUAAACCUAAUUGUUGGUAGAGUAUCGUGUCUGGUGUAUGAUGAGUAGCUUAACCAUUCUGUUUUGGUGAGGUAGAGUAUCGUGUCUGGUGUAUGAUGAGUAGCUUAACCAUUCUGUUUUGGUGAGGUAGAGUAUCGUGUCUGGUGUAUGAUGAGUAGCUUAACCAUUCUGUUUUGGUGAGGUAGAGUAUCGUGUCUGGUGUAUGAUGAGUAGCUUAACCAUUCUGUUUUGGUGAGGUAGAGUAUCGUGUCUGGUGUAUGAUGAGUAGCUUAACCAUUCUGUUUUGGUGAGGUAGAGUAUCGUGUCUGGUGUAUGAUGAGUAGCUUAACCAUUCUGUUUUGGUGAGGUAGAGUAUCGUGUCUGGUGUAUGAUGAGUAGCUUAACCAUUCUGUUUUGGUGAGGUAGAGUAUCGUGUCUGGUGUAUGAUGAGUAGCUUAACCAUUCUGUUUUGGUGAGGUAGAGUAUCGUGUCUGGUGUAUGAUGAGUAGCUUAACCAUUCUGUUUUGGUGAGGUAGAGUAUCGUGUCUGGUGUAUGAUGAGUAGCUUAACCAAUCUGUUUUGGUGAGGUAGAGUAAGCAUGUCUGGUGUAUGAUGAGUAGCUUAACCAAUCUGUUUUGGUGAGGUAGAGUAUCGUGUCUGGUGUAUGAUGAGUAGCUUAACCAUUCUGUUUUGGUGAGGUAGAGUAUCGUGUCUGGUGUAUGAUGAGUAGCUUAACCAUUCUGUUUUGAUGAUCAUAUCUAAAACUCCACUGAUGUUAUGUUUGCAUUACUCUGAAUUUUGACAAUUGUGUACACAGAGACUCUGUAAUGUAAUUGUACAACGAUAAAAUUAUAACAAACACUUCUUGAAAAUGUUGAAAGUCAAAUUAAUUCAGAAAUUGACAUCAGAAUAUGUCUGAGCCCAAUUUUUUACCGGGCCAACCCCCUGCUAGCCAUGUUAGCUGAAGAUAACUUAUACCUACUUACACAUUAUAGUAGAUAUCUACUUACACAUUUUAGUAGAUACAUCGGUUGUGUCUGGGGUCUACCAUAAACAAAUCAUGUUCGAAUAUAUUUACCUUUUUGCUCAACUUAUUUUAACUAAUAUACUAAGGAGGUUGUUCCUGUUUUAAAUCAUGAUACCCAGUGAUAAACAGUUUUAUAUGUCAGGUGUCCGUGUAAGUCUGUGGCUUGAUACACAGUGAUAAACAGUUUUAUAUGUCAGGUGUCAGUGUAAGUCUGUGGCUUGUCCAUUGACAUUCAUACCAGAAAUUUAAACACUUCAAAGCAAAAUUUUGAUGUGGAACUUAUCAAUGUAAGUUUUCUUUAAAGCCCUAUUUAUUUGAGCAUCGUUUUAUCAGAGCUAUGUUUACAUUGGGGUUGUGAUGAUCUACAGAGUUGGAGUCAGAAAUACACUUUUGGUUAAAGGUGCAAUUUGUGUUCUCUCAUUGGUAAAGGAUCAGGUAUAUUUACAGAAGGUUUUAUAAAUAUGUAAUGAUAUGUUAACUAAUGGUAGCAGACAGUGUUAUAUUAUGUGUGAGCCACAUUCACUACAGUCUUAUUACCUACGAUAGCUCACACUUACAAACACACUUUGAUGUUUAAGUUUAUCAUUUCUGUCAGAUCUGUUUGGUGACACAUUUAACUAAACAUGUUGCCAAAAGCCAUAGUUCCCUAAAGAAAUAACAUUGCUGACCUUAUGAUCGAUUGUCAAAUAGAAUAGUGUCAGGUUAGCUGUGUGCCAGUUAGUCUAGUGUCAGGGUAGCUGUGUGCCAGUUAGUCUAGUGUCAGGGUAGCUAUGUGCCAGUUAGUCUAGUGUCAGGGUAGCUGUGUGCCAGUUAGUCAAGUGUCAGCGUAGCUGUAUGCCAGUUAGUCUAGUGUCAGCGUAGCUGUGUGCCAGUUAGUCUAGUGUCAGCCUAGCUGUGUGCCAGUUAGUCUAGGGUCAGCGUAGCUGUGUGCCAGUUAGUAUAGUGUCAGCGUAGCUGUGUGCCAGUUAGUCUACUGUCAGGGUAGCUGUGUGCCAGUUAGACUAGUGUCAGGGUAGCUGUGUGCCAGCUAGUCUAGUGUCCGGGUAGCUGUGUGCCAGUUAGUCAAGUGUCAGCGUAGCUGUAUGCCAGUUAGUCUAGUGUCAGCUUAGCUGUGUGCCAGUUAGUCUAGGGUCAGCGUAGCUGUGUGCCAGUUAGUCUAAUGUCAGGGUAGCUGUGUGCCAGUCAGUCUAGUGUCAGUGUAGCUGUGUGCCAGUUAGUCUACUGUCAGGGUAGCUGUGUGCCAGUUAGUCUAGUGUCAGGGUAGCUGUAUUGUGUGCCAGUUAGUCUAGUGUCAGGGUAGCUGUGUGCCAGCUAGUCUAGUGUCAGGGUAGCUGUGUGCCAGUUAGUCUAGUGUCAUUGUAAGGUGCUAUUACUGAUGCAGUCAUUUCCUGACUUGUCAAUUUCUAACAAACCUAUUAUGCAAAUUUAUCAUAAGAAAAUACUUACAAAAUGUAUAUAUUAUUGUCAAAAUACAUUGAGGAUGAACUGUAUUUUUCAUUUCAAGAUAUCAUUGUGUAACGCUUCCGUAGGAAGUCUGGUUGUGUUGUAAACCAAUUAAAUAUUAUUUCAGAAGAUAAUUUUUUUAAUCGAUAUACUUUUACAGGAAGUCUGGUCAUAUUGUAAACCGAUUAAAUAUUAUUUUAAGAGUUUAUUUUCUUAAGCAAUAAUAUUUUUUAAACGUUUUUAAUAACUUAAGCCUAGCUGAUAGGUCAAUAGUGCGGUGGGUUUGGUCAGUAGAUGACCACCAGCCUGUUGGUUACGGUUGUGUGAGAGUACCUGUGUUAUACUGUGUGGGAGUGUACGGUAGAAUAUCAAUAGAGCACUGCGUAGUUAAUGGCCUAAACAUCAUACCUUUAUCAGGUGUAUCCUUAGUUUUAUUAUCCUGUUAUUUUGUUUUAGACCUAUAUUCCAUGUUUUAAUUCGUUCAUCCAUGAUUUUAAGUUUUUACCAUAAGUUGACACAUUUCCUGUUCUAGCGUUGUAUACAUGUAUUGGCACAAAAAAUCAGAUCAUUGCAUUGAGAGAGAAAAGGUACACAAUAUAGCUAUUGAAUUUUAUUAUGAAAUGGAAUUUUGUCUUUUGAAGUUUAUUUUGAUCAUUCAUUACCACUGUCUCUAUAUCUGGUCUACAGCUCUGGGCCCAGAGCAUUGUAUAGUGUUAUUUGAAACCAUGUGUUUUCCUCAUUUUAGAGGGCCUUAUGCUAAACAGAACCUCUGAUACCAAUAAACAGUUUGUGAUAUAAAAACAUAUGUAAUGUAUUAUUCCUGUGCUGUAAAUAUUAUGACUCAUUCAUAAUAAAAUUCAAUACAUUGAUUAGUUGUACUACUGCCAGUAAACCCAAUUCCUGGUAAUAAACACGUUUUUGGUGAUUUCUCCGUGUAGUUGUUAUAGCUAUGAUUGAGAUUGUACAUUUUUAUACGAUUAUUUAAUGCAUGAUUAUAUCCGUAGUGAUCGCUUGUGUUAUAUUUCCUGUCUUAUUUAAAUGCAAUAUGUAUUAUAUAAUAGUUAUAGUUGUGAAAGCCCUGCCAUGUACAGGGUGCUAUGUAUGUUGUGGUUGUUUGGGAAGUCUGGGUUAGCAUACAUGAUCACACUGUGUCACAGAAUUCCACUACCCCCUGUACUGUAUGGUAGAUACACCUGCUGUGUGGAGACAACAUGCAUGCUUCGCUAAUAGAAUUUGAAAAUAUAGAUACUUUUGUCAUGUAAAAGUGUUUUAUAUUCAAUUACUGCAUUUUGUAAGUUCUAUAAUAACUGAACACUGAGGAGGCCGCCUCCUUCUCCAUCAGGAAUGAAUCUCACAACAGAACGGAAGAGCUCGCCAGAUAUUUAUUGGCAAGGUUUUGUAGCCAUUUGAGUAACACAGCAUAGUAUUUUGCCUUUAUAACUGUUUUCCUUUUUUCAUUUAAAUUUUCGUCAUUAUUGACUCCAAAAAGGAAACCGCUUAAUGCUUAUUAGAAGUAUUAUUGGCACAUCAAUAAUGGAAAAUCUACUUUUUUACAUGAUAAAUGCAAAAUGUUAUUUCUAUUAAUAAAAGGUGGCAUUUACAAAA